AUGGAAUUGGAUCAGCUUUAUACUUCCCAUCACAGCACGUCUAGCCCAAAAUCUACCGAUGAAGGCAAGCGAAGGACACAUCACAAAGAGCAUCCAAGGAGCGCCGAUGCAAGGAUGAGAUUGGACCAGCAUAAUUCUAACCACAGACUGCUUUGUACUUCAUCUCCUGCUGACCGCAAGCGACGGACACAUCGCAAAAGCGGCGAUGGAACGAUGAGAUUGCAUGACGCGACAUCUGCACUAAACGACAAGCAAAUGUCCAAGUCUGUCCACGAUCCUUCAACAACAACAAUUGACCUCAAUGGGGAAGUGGAAGGAUCCAAUUCGAAAUCAUCGCGCUGGUCGUCAACUCCACAUUCCCACCACAGCACGCCGAGUCCCACAUCUUUAUCUCCUGAUGACCGCAAGCGACGGGCACGCCGAAAAGAGCGUGCAAAGAGCGCCGAUGGAAGGAUGAGAUUGAAUGAGCGUUCUAAACACAGCAUCCCAAGUACCACAUCUCCAGACGACCGCAAGCGACGGACACGCCAAAAAGAGCGUGCAAACAGCGCCGAUGGAAUAAGGAUGAGAUUGGACCAGCGUUCUAAAAAUAGCAAACAUAAUAGUUCCGCAUCUCCUGAUGAAAAAAACGAAUGGAUACACCAAAAGGAGCGUUCAAAGAGUGCCGAUGGAUGGGAAGAACGACACAAGCACAAUCAUCGACAUCAUACUCGUUCCCGUUCCAGGCAUUCAAAGAAGUCCGAAGAAACUUCGAAACUUCACCGACUUCGUCGGCAUCAUUCCUGGGACCUGAAAGAUCUCAAGCAAACUUCGAGUGAACAGGGGAAAAGGCAAAAGGAACCACUUCAACUCAAAUCAUAUAGGGACCUCGGAGAUCUGCAACACAAAUCCUUUCGGGACCCCCGAGAUGUCAAACACAUUGGCGGCUCGGAAGGCAAUCACCGGAGUAACGUGCGACAACUUGAUUGGGUGGGUGCACGUAGAGGCAGGCAGCGACAUCAUUUUCCUCCUCCGGAUAGCGGUAUGUCACAUUCUUUGCAUAUGAAAGAUAACAAACGAAUGAAUGCCAUGGAGCGUCAAAAUGCAGACCUAAGAGUCAUUUCCGUCCGGCAACUUGGUUUGGCGGGUGACGAGAGAGGCAUGCAGCGACACCAUUUUUCUACUCCGGAUAGCAGUAUGUCACAUUCUUUGGAUAUGGAAACGGUCGAUCGAAUGGAUGCCAUGGAGCGCCAAAAUGAAGACUUAAGAGUCAUUUCAGUCCGGCAACUUGAUUUGGCGGGUGAGAGAGGCGUACAGCGGCACCUUUUUUCUACUCCGGAUAGCAGUAUGUCGCAUUCUUUGGAUAUGGAGACGGUCGAUCGAAUGGAUGCCAUGGAACGCCAAAAUGAAGAUCUGAGAGUCAUUUCAGUCCGCCAGCUUGAUUUGGCGGGUGAGAGAGGCAUGCAGCGACACCGUUUUCUUACUCCGGACAGCAGUAUGUCACAUUCUUUGGAUAUGGAAACGGUCGAUCGAAUGGAGCGUCAAAACGAAGAUCUGAGGGUCAGGAUAGGGAUGCUCGAGAUACAACGCGAAAACGAUGUGCUAAAAACAAGAAUCGACAAGAUUGAAUCGAGAGAGGUAUCUGUUUGUUCCGAUGAACCGUCUGAACACAUCCCUCAGAAACACAAGCAUUCCAAACGAAUAAGGAGACAACAGCGACGACUGUUCCCCGGAUGGGAUGAUUUGUCUCUCAAAAUACGAAUUAUUGCCAUCCUGGUUUUUCUGUUAGUUGUCGUUGGUAUCUCAGCACUCAUACUAAGCCACCCUGGUGACAAAGAUGACGGUUACCGACCGCUCACCGACGAUGAUCCGAUUUUCAGCAGCACUAUUUUCCCUGUUUGGAUGAAAAAUAAUGAUGCCAACGGUAAAAUUUGA